CCUCCCGACCAAUCCCCCCCACUCCUCGCUUUUCCAAGUCCCAUUGUACUCACACGUCUCUGCCUCCACACGUGUCGCCCCCACAGUCCCUAUAUAUUUCUCUUCCUCCCUCCACAACUAUACGAUAAUACUGCAGCAUAGCGUUAUAUUAUCGCUCUCAGUCUUCUGCGAUUUCGUCCUUGGUGUUGUUUUGUUUCAAUGGUAUAGGAGAUCAUCAUAAAUGAAAUGAGAUAUAGUGACCAUAUCUCUCAUCAGUUUCCUUCCUAAACUCAAACAACUAGCUCGAUCGAUCUCUGUAAGUUCUUUACGUUAGUGAGAGAAGGAAAAAAAAAAACAGACUGAUGGACGGUAGAGGAGGUUGUUGUAUAGCUCGAUAUGCGACGGCUGGAGGUGCUUACGAUGCUUCCAAGGUAGACCGGAUAAUGCUCAGGUUCCGCCCUAUUGCUCCGAAGCCUAGCUCUGGUGGGUCUUCUUCCGGCGCCUCUUCCUCGGAGAGCAAUAAGGCUGACUCUUAUGUCAAGACCGGGAGAGGCAGGAGACGGUACGUUCGAUCAUCAUCGGACAAGAGCAUCAGCAGCAGCCGCAAGCGUUGCAGUGGGAAACGGAGGAAGCCAGCUGCUUUCCCCACCCCCACCGACACCACGGACGUCGCUUCAUCGGGAGACCGCCAGGCAGUGGUGACUCUGCCGCUGUUGCCGGAAACGCCGGAGCUCGGCAGGCCUGAAAAGGAGGAGGAGGAGGAGGAGGAGGCGGGGGAAAAGAAUAAUAUUAUCGCUCUAGGAAGCAUCAGUUACGGCGUCAGAACUGCGAGGCCGGGGACGACCUUUGGCGGCAACUUGUGCUUCGUCCCGGAGGCGUCCAGAGAGCAGCAGCCGCACUCGUAUCCGGAUCAGUUGCAUGGCGCCACGUGGCUCAACUUCAACAGCCAUGAUAGAGCAGCACUCCUGCGGCGGCCGAUCUUGAGGAAGGUGGAGGCGUGGGUGAUGGUGGAGUGCGUGAUGGACACAUGGGUGGACGGCUAUGCCAUAGGGCGUACGGACGAAGAAAAGAGGAGGAACCUCGCGGCGGACACGUGCCCUGGGUUUGUAUCGGAUGGGCUUGGCCGGGUGACGUGGACAAAUGCGGCAUUCAGGCAGACGGUCGGCCAGGGGGAACCCGGUGUCGACGUGGCAGUCUGUCUGGUGAUGAAGGACCAGGGGGUUCCCGUGACGGUGGGGCUGCUGGCCCAAGCGGCCGCGUUCACCUGCAGGGUGAGGAUGCAGUACGCAUGUGGGAAGGAGAAGGCCGGGUCAUCGCUGACGCUGCCGUGCGACGUCUGGAGGAUGGAUGGUGGCGGGUUCGCAUGGAGGCUAGAUGUGAAGGCCGCUCUCAGCCUCGGGCGGUAAUUUACUUAUAUAUGAUAUGAUAACCUGCGGAUAUACGGCGUAACAACCAUGCCCCUUAAUUAUAUAUCUCAAUGAAGACCCAGUCGAAAGCCCUAAUAUCUCCGGCAAGCUUUUUUCUCUGAUCUGUAAAUAUAAAUAUUUUUGGUGUUUCAAUGUAACUUCACGCACGUCGUAAGUUCUCUCUCUCUCUCUCUCUCUCUCUCUCUCUCUCUCUCUCGUUCUCCCUGCAGAGAUGGGGCGUUUUAAUUGGGCUUUGUUUUUUCUUUCCCCCCCUUUUUUGUGGUACGUAGAUAUUGCGCUUCGGCUUUUAACUAACAGAGAUUAACGAGGGAAUGGAGUCAACCCGAGUAAUUAAUAUGCAGAUGGUACGUGAUUUUAUGUAGAUUAUUUACCGUUUCUACUUUCUACUUUGUCUGAAUUAGCACCCGAGCUAGGCCAACGACCUAACUGGGAAUUGGUCUCAUGGCAAACCAAAAGAAGAUUUAACUGUAGCUGGCUUUUGGUAUCUGGUGCUGUAGUACUGUGGCACGUCUGUGUAAUCACCACAAAUAUGCACGCUACAUGAAUUAUUA